GAUUUGUACAUAAAUGUGAUGAUUGGACAUCGGUUAGCGAGGUGGAGAUGGGCAAGAAGCUACACAACAGCAGUCGCCAACGCUGAUGUCGUGGUGUGUGGCGGUGGAAUAUCGGGAACAUCAAUCGCCUAUCACCUAGCGAAACGGGGAAAGAAGGUGGCACUCGUUGAAAAAGAUUCAAUUGGAUGCUCCGGAGCCACGGGACUCUCAGCCGGUUUGGUUUCUUCGCCGAUUUUCUGGCAAGACACGAGCCUUCAAGCAAUUGCUCAAGCUUCACUCGACUUGUACUCACAUCUCGCCACAACUUGCAAAUUUCGUUACAUAAAAUGCGGCCGUACAUAUCUUGCCUCAUCAAUGGCCAACGAAAUACUACUUCGACGGAUGUAUUCAAGAGGAGUUGUCCAUAACGAUAAAGUCGAACUUCUUGAUUGUCAAAGUGAAAUGCUUGAGCGAUGGCCAUUCCUUCAAACAGAAGAUGUUCAGCUGGCUUUGUUCUCUCCAGAAGAUGUUGCUUUAGAUCCAGUGGCACUUUGUCAGCAUCUGGCGUUGAUUGCUAAGGAUUACGGUGCUCUGAUAUACGAAAGCAAUCCCGUUUUGGAGGUACAUAUCGGCGACGAGAAACAAGUUUACGGAGUUUCCACUAAAAUGGGAUUUAUAGAAACGAGUCAUUUUGUUGAUGCUGCUGGAAUUUGGGCUGGUAGUCAUCUUGUCAAGGCACUUCCUCAUCAGCAUGUUCAAACAGCUGCAUAUCCAUGUACCUACUCGUAUAUUCACACUUCAAAAUUACCAACAGGAUCAGUUAGUGAUAUGACACCGAUUUUCAACGACCUCGACGGAAAUGUGAUGCUCCGGACCACUUCUUUCAAGACUCUUUGUGCAGGAUUUGCCGAAGAAAGUAUUCGGCCACUUGCAAGACAAACUGGAUCAGCAACGCCUUGGCAACAUCCAGAACCGGACUGGAAUACAUUUGAUCCAAACCUUGAAAAGCUGAUUUCUCGAUGCCCAAUGCUUGGUGAUUGCAAUCAUGGAGAUCUGAUUGUUGGAAUGGAAGCCUAUACUCCAGACAAACUCCCGACAAUUGGAGAAAGUUCACAGGCGAAGGGAUAUUGGGUGAUGUGUGGAAUGAAUGGACAAGGACUUUCUCUGGCAGGAGGACUUGGAAAAAUCCUUGGAGAAUUGAUGUGUGAAUCACAGAGUUCUACAGCAGACGUUGCUCGUGUUGAUGUUGGAAGAUUUAUUGAUUUGCAUGCAAACAAUCAAUAUUUGAUAGGAAGAACACCUGAAGUAGCAGCUCUAACAUAUUCGAAUCUCUACCAUUCCCAUCAGUGCCAUACAGCGAGAAACCUACGAAUGGCUCCGAUUUAUCAUCAGUUGAGAGAUGCGGGAGCCGUUUUCGGAGAGAUUAUGGGUUACGAACGACCGCUGUGGUUUGAGAAAACACCAAAAACUGAAAGAAAUGCAUUGAUGAGUGGUCAAGAUGCGCUUAUUGGAAAACCAGAAUGGUUCGAAAGGGUCGCCAGUGAAUAUGAAGCAUGUAGAGAACGAGUUGGGCUUAUGGAUAUGAGCAGUUUCAGCAAAUAUGAUAUUACUGGUGAAGAUGCUGUGGAAUAUCUGCAAUUUCUGUGUUCUGCAAAUGUUGAUGAGCCAAUUGGAACCACAGUCUACACAGGAAUGCAACAUCAAAAAGGAGGAUAUGUGACGGAUUGCACAUUGAGCAGACUCGGAGAAAAGAAGUUCUUCAUGGUUGCACCGACUAUUCAACAAGAGCGUGUACUUGUUUGGAUGAAAAAAUGGCAAGCAAUUCUGAAAGCACGAGUACAUGUUCAAGAUGUAACCGGAGCGUACACGGCUCUUGAUUUAAUUGGACCAUCUUCUCGUUAUCUAAUGGGCGAUAUCACAGGAUUAUCGAUGAGUAGUAACGAUUUCCCAACAUUUAGAUGUCAAGAAAUUAAUAUUGGAAUGGCAACAGGAAUACGAGCUAUAAGUGUUACACAUUGUGGUGAACUUGGUUGGGUUAUCUAUGUACCUAAUGAGGUUGCUCAAAAUGUCUACGAGAAGAUUCUUGACGCAGGAAAAGAAUACAGUCUUCAACACGCCGGCUACUACACUCUCCGCCAGCUUCGGAUUGAAAAAUUCUAUGUCUACUGGGGACAGGAUAUCAAUGCAACAGUGACACCUGUCGAGUGUGGACGACUUUUCCGUGUUGAUUUUAAAAAGGAUUUCAUAGGGAAAAAAGCACUUGAAGAACAAGUUGAACGUGGAGUUUCGAAGCGAUUUGUACAACUGCUUGUUGAUGGACAUGAUAAGGAAACUGAUCCAUGGCCUCAAGGAGGUGAAACUAUUUUGAAAGAUGGACGAGCUGUUGGGUUGACAACUUCUGCGGCAUAUGGUUUCACUUUGGGAUGUCAGGUUUGCAUUGGCUACGUGGAAAAUAAAGAGUUUGGAGUAUCACCUGAAUUUGUAUCAUCUGGACACUUUGAAAUUGAUAUAGCUGGAAAAAGGUUCACAUGCCGUCUCAACGUUCAUUCACCUUCACUUCCAAUGAUAUCCAGCGAGCAUCCACUUCACUACAGACCGACUCAAUGAUUGCUUCUUGCCAUCUUAGUGAACAUAUUUAGACAACUUAGCUGAAUCCAGAUGUUGAAUUUAGAAUUCAAUUUCCUACUUUGUACUUUUUUUCUUUUUUGUUUCUCAAUCUCGAUGCCAUAUUGGUUGUACGAUAAUUGUAAUUGUGACUUCAUCCACCCAGUGUCUGCUCCCCCUCACAUACUUCAUAAUAAAUAGACAUUCUGCACCCUC